GCUUUAUUACAGCGUGUCGUGGAUAGGAAAAGGUGUAUCGUUUGUACUUAAUAACGCUGGGAGCGCGCAUGUAAUAUACGUACGUAUGCAAUAUAGACGUAUAGUGUUGGGCUCAUGGUGAAAAACAGAUAGUACAAAGAUACAGAAAAAGACCUAACGAAAACUCGGUGUGUUCGUUUUUCGUUUUUCGUCAGAGUAUCAAGCCAUUGGAAUAUCUAUACCAGCAGUCUCUAAUGCCAGUUAAAUAUAUUUUGCGAGACAUAAACAUUUAUUGCAAAGAGUAAAUAUUUGAUCUUUACUCAGCACGAUACUUGGCAUUCAUAUAGAUAUUACCUCGACGUGUAUUAAAGAAAAUCUACGGCUUAUUUGAACAAGAAACACGCAGUAUUCACGGAUCCAUAAAUUCUUCUCGAUGUGCCAAGGUUCUUCUCGAGACGGUGGAAUUAGCCUCUUAUAAAAAGAAAUAGGAUGAACGAAGAGCAAGCAGAGCGCAUCCUAAGCGUGUUGUACAUAUCCUCUGCGAUUCUGUCGGUAACGUCGUUAACCUGUUUGGUCACCGUUUGGCAGUAUUGGGCAUGGAGCUUGGACGUUUGCAUUAGCAUCGACUGUGGUUGCAUAUUAUACGGUAUCAAUACCUUCAGCACCUUUAUGGGAGGUGACGUGAAGCUCUGCCAUUUCGGAGUAUACGGCUUGAUCCCAGCGAUUCUGAUUGGUUUAUGUUUCGGCGGAUACCACGGAUACAGAUGUUGCAUCGAUAGAAAUUUAGAGGAGCCUGUACGAAUCUACGAGGAUGUGAGAAGAAACUUGAACAUCGGUGAUGUAGCACCAACAACAGCGACAGCGACAACGACAACGACAAUUACGCCGGCGGCGGUACCAACUAUGCUCGUGAUCAGACCUAAAAGGAGAACACCGUACAAACAGUGGAUACCUGGCGUGUUCCUCACAAUUUUACUUUGCUGCUUGUCUUUGGCUCACGCAGUGGUUACAACCGAUGGUUACUACAAAACUUGCGAACAAUAUAGGAAAAGACUGAUACAAGUUCUUGGUUCGGCCGGUCGCGAAGCCGAGGUUCUCCAUGAUAGACUUUCCUGCGGAGCAAUCUUUGAUUUUAUGGAUUAUUUACAGUCCGAUGUGAGUAACUGGAAACACGGUAAAGAAAUUGACACCGGUUUCGCUCUUCGAUUGGCUAUCAUUUCGACCUGGUUCAAUUUCUUAACUUGGACUUUUGCCUUUCUGCUCAACGUCAUUAUGGCACGUAAAAGAUUCUGUUGCUAUUGAGGAGUUAUUUUAUCAAAUCGAUCCAACUGAUCGAACGGUAACCAACUUACUGCUAUCCUUAUAUACUUGACGACGACAUUUUCUUCCCAAUCUUUGUCAUUCUUUAUUUUAACACUUACACAUACAUACACCAUAGGAUGCUUGAAUAACACGUAACGACUAUAAUGCACACCGUUACGGGUUGUUCUUUUCCAAACUGUUUCAACUUUGAAGAAGUUAUAAGCGGUAAAUACACGUGGUGAUCAGGAUAACGCCCCGCUAUCACGCAUUCUUGAAAACUCGCAGUAGAGUACGUUUUUUCUUACUACGUUUCUUUUCUCACAUGCAUACACACGUGGCGGGUGUGCCGUGACAAUGCGCGCACCAUGGAAAAAUUUCUUCCAGUGAGAUGACGACGGGCGUAUUAGCAGAUUAAAAACGUAAUUUUUAUCACCGUAACUGUAAGGCGUUCGCUCCAACACCCACGCCCACACCUGCACGGAUACGGAACGUGAGGCGACAUCGGAGAGGGCAGGGAUAAGGAUGGGGAGAGAAUACUGCGGCUUCGUUCAACACCGACAAAUUAAUACUGCAAUGUCCGAUGUCGGGGGCAGUGACAACAUUUAACUAAGUUUCGAAAAUAUACUUUACACAAAUUUCUUCUAUACAGAUUUCAAACUUAGCUUAAAGCGCGUGCGUACACACGCAUGCAAUUAACGAACAAACAGUACGGAAUGUGCAUUGUUGCGUAUAUACUACAGUUACGUAAUACUAUCAGCAGCAUUGCUGAAUGUGUUGCGUUUGUAACGAUAAAUCUUAAUCUGUAUAUUUUGUACCAUACAAAUAAACCCUGCUGA